GCGCGAGCCCGGGCGCGUGCCCGCCCCCUCGCAACUCCCAGAGCCCGCCGGUGGGAGGGUUGGGUCUGGGAACGUUGCGGCGGCCGUGGCCGCGGCCCCGACACCAGCACCAGCACCUAGGGCGGUUCUGUGCGCUGGCUUGUGCCGGGAUUCCUCCGCCGCCGGCUCGGGCCGCGACUGCCCGGCCCUUAGAUGGUGGGUCCGGAGAAUGCCGGAGCCUGCUCGGGAAGAAACGCCAAGUUGUUCCCGGUGCCGGCGCCGGAGCCCGUGGGCCAGGACGGGAAGAUGAUCCAGGCCACGGGCGGCUUUGGCGGAGGCGUCGGCGCUGUGGAGCCGCCGGAGGAAGCUGAGGAGGAGGAGGAGGAGAAGACGCCGCCUCGGCAGCUGCUGCAGCGUUACCUCGCGGCGGCCGGGGAGCAGCUGGGUCCGGGGCUGUGCUACUGCCCCCUCCCCGCGGGUCAGGCCAUCGCCCCGCCGCCUUCUGCAGCCCGGCGCUCCGACGCCGGCCCGCCGGGCUCCGGCUCCAAGCACCACGGCGCAGAGGCGGCGGAUCCUCGCGCGCCGCGACACGGAGGCAUGACCAACGGGGACUCGGGCUUUCUGCUGGGCCAGGAUUGCCGUGACCUGGAGGAGGCUCGAGGGCUGGCUCGCGCCGGCGGCCCGGAGUCGCGUCGCCACCACCCCUGCGGCCGUCUCCUCUUGGAGGGGCCUGGCGACGAGGGCGCGGACGGCGCGGACAACCCGUCGGACUGGGCCGCGCCGCUGGAGGACCCGCUGCGAAGCUGCUGCUUGGCGGCCGCGGACGCUAGAGAGCCCGAGGGCGCGGGCAGCGGCUCAGGGGAGAGCCCCGCCGGCCGUGGCAGCCAGGACUUGGAGCCGCCGAGAGCCGGCGCAGGGGCUGCCGAAGAGGGCGCGCCCCCCUCGAGCUCGGCCAGGAGGACUAGUGGGGGUGUGGGCGCGGAGCCGAGCCACGGCUUCCCCGACGUCCACUUGAACUCUCGGAACACGUUCGAGGUGAGCCGCUGCCAGAGCGCCGGCGACCACUUGCCCCCGGUUGGGGUGCCGGUGCCCUCGCCCGCGGCUGAGCAGGGCCCCGCAGGGACCUCGGCCCGGGCUCGACGGAGUGGUGGCUUCGCCGACUUCUUCGCCAGAAACCUUUUCCCAAAAAGAACAAAGGAACUCAAAUCGGUUGUCCAUAGUGCUCCUGGUUGGAAAUUAUUUGGUAAAGUCCCUCCCAGAGAGAAUCUUCAGAAAACUUCCAGAAUCAUUCAGCAGGAAUAUGAAGCACGAACAGGGAGGACCUGUAAACCACCACCUCAGUCUUCAAGACGAAAGAAUUUUGAAUUUGAGCCACUUUCUACCACUGCCUUGAUUCUUGAGGAUCGACCAUCAAAUCUUCCUGCUAAAUCUGUGGAAGAAGCUUUACGUCACCGACAAGAAUAUGAUGAGAUGGUGGCUGAGGCUAAAAAACGAGAAAUUAAAGAAGCAUAUAAAAGAAAAAGAAUAAUGAAAGAACGGUUUAAACAGGAAGAAAAUAUUGCAAGUGCAAUGGUAAUUUGGAUCAAUGAAAUACUGCCCAAUUGGGAAGUAAUGCGUAGUACAAGAAGAGUUCGAGAAUUGUGGUGGCAGGGAUUGCCCCCUAGUGUUCGUGGGAAAGUUUGGAGUCUAGCUGUAGGAAAUGAACUAAAUAUCACUCCUGAACUUUAUGAAAUCUUCCUUUCAAGAGCGAAAGAACGGUGGAAAAGCUUCAGUGAAACAAAUUCAGAAAAUGAUACAGAAGGUGUUUCUGUUGCUGACCGAGAGGCCAGUCUGGAAUUAAUUAAGUUGGACAUUUCCCGUACAUUUCCAUCUCUCUACAUCUUUCAGAAGGGUGGCCCAUAUCACGAUGUUUUACAUAGUAUCUUAGGGGCAUAUACAUGUUACAGACCUGAUGUUGGUUAUGUCCAAGGGAUGUCCUUCAUUGCAGCAGUGCUCAUUCUCAAUUUGGAAGAGGCAGAUGCUUUCAUUGCAUUUGCGAAUCUCCUGAAUAAGCCAUGUCAAUUGGCUUUUUUUCGUGUGGAUCACAGCAUGAUGUUGAAAUAUUUUGCAACAUUUGAAGUUUUCUUUGAAGAAAAUCUCUCCAAACUAUUUCUUCAUUUCAAGUCUUAUAGUCUUACCCCAGACAUAUACUUGAUAGACUGGAUCUUUACACUCUAUAGCAAAUCUCUACCACUUGAUCUUGCCUGUCGAGUCUGGGAUGUAUUUUGCAGAGAUGGAGAGGAAUUUUUAUUUAGGACUGGAUUAGGAAUCCUCCGGUUAUAUGAAGAUAUUCUCCUGCAGAUGGAUUUUAUUCACAUAGCACAGUUUCUAACUAAAUUGCCAGAAGAUAUCACAUCAGAAAAGCUCUUCAGCUGUAUUGCAGCAAUUCAGAUGCAGAAUAGCACCAAAAAAUGGACUCAGGUCUUUGCAUCUGUAAUGAAGGAUAUUAAAGAAGGAGACAAGAACAGUAGUCCUGCUCUGAAAAGCUAAUCUUCAAAAUUAACAGACUAACUGAAAUAUAAAAAAUGUGUGGUUUUUUUAGCGGGGAGAAAUGUUUUCUGUUUCCUAUGUAAAAAGCAUGAAAGAAAAUUGUUGGAGAAAUCUAAAAGAAUCAAGAGGUAGAAAACUGCUGAUUUAAAAUUCCAUGGCUGAAACAAAGGAAAUAAGAAAUUUAUUAACAGUAUUAAUAAAAAAGUAUUUUGUAGGGAGAGGCAUUUUUCAGAGGAAAAGGUUCAAAUGGUUAUUUCAUACUCCAUAAUUUGGAGUGAACAGUUUAAUGCAAUAAAUUUUUUAAAUCGCUUCAAAGAUACUCUAAAUUUUUACAUCUUUUCUUUUUUAACAAUUACCACAAAGGCACUUUGGAGGUCACAUAGGAUUGUUAAAUACUAAUUUAACCUCCAAAAUAUUAUAGAAUAGAUAUUAUCUGCAGUUCUAAUCUUUUGAAGAUAUUCUAGACCAAGAAAAGCAACUUUGAUUGUAAACUAAGUUGUUUUCUUCAUUCAUAGGUUGGGGCAAACUUAAGUUAUCUGGGAAUUGGAAUAUUCGUAGGAGAUUGUUCCUUGUUAGUUUAGGUGUUUUCCCACAUUAUUGUAUCUAUUUGUUUUUGAUGGGAAAUUCUUUAAGGAAUUCCUAUCAUUCAAAUAAUUUUAGUCUUUUUGUUCUAGUACAAUAAAUUGUUCACCUAGUAAUUUAACAUUAAGAGAACUAAAUAACUGGUAGGAUGAAAGUUCUUUGCACUUUAAUGGACUGAAGACUUGACUUUGGGAGUAGGUCCAAAAAUAUGAGGUUUUUCACUGGUUAGAGUAAAAAGUAAUGAAUUCUGAGAGUUCUUAAAUAGCAUGUUAUUUGAUAAGACUUUAAAAUUUUUAGUUAAAAUUCCCCCUCUGUAGAAACAAAAUGUUUUUUCCAGUUUGAAAUUUGAAAUCUUACAGUAGCUAGGUCCAUGCCUUAUGAAACACUAUGUAUAAGUUUUUUUUUUUUUUAAUCAAUGGAAAUAAGAGUGAAAGAAAAAGGUAAAACUAAUUUUUGAGUCUAACUGAUGGCAUAGCAGAUAAAUUAUUAAUCAUUGGUAAAUUGGCAUUAAAUUUAUUAUGUUUAAUUUUGGAACCUAAACUAAAUCACUUGAGUUUUAUGAAUAUAUGUAUAACAUACUAUACAGUUAAUAAUUUAUAGUGUUUUUAUUUUGUAGUUUGGUUUGAAAGAAAAUUUAAGCACACUAUUUCUGUUAGUGACAUAUGUAUAGUCUUUAAACUAACAAGCUCGAGAGUCUUGUUGGUGUAUUGACUGCCUCUUUAGAAGUAUGGGACCAGAGGGUACUCAUAUACUUUUAUCCUAUGGGUUCUUCUAGCCUAGGGAUUACUAGUGGAAUUCUUAGAAGUUAACCCCUGUUAUAGGGGCUGGCUUAGUGGAAACUGAUGGUGUAAUAAAAUACUGAGGGAGUACCCAGAGUCUUAACAGGUUUUAGAAUGACCUUGUUAAGUGUGGUAACUAUUUCCUUGGUAUUGGUGGCCCUAAUAGAGGGAAUGUAACCUCUGGCUAUAAUCUCAUUGAGGUUAUACUACCUACUUAAAUUUAAUUUUACUUUUAUGCAUCGUUUUCCUGAAGAGGACCUAAGUUACUAUAUUUCUUUUUCUUAUUUUUUUUUAUUAUUGUACAGUUUCUUUACCUUACAAGUGUAAAUGUAUGUGUGUAUAUAUAUAUAUACAUAUAUAUAUAUAUAUAAAAUGUAAAUACAAGGAUUUCACUAAAAACCACUAGUAACAAUUACCAUGUAAAUAAAACCUGCAAGCAGAGUAAUUACUUGAAAUGAGUCUUCAUUACUUUGGGAAUAUCGGGUUUAGUUAACCACACCUGGAGAAAAAAAGGAAUAACAUCUUUGGGGAGGAAAGGUCAAGUUUCUCUUUCAAGGGAUGCACUAGACUUCAGUCUUGAGACUCAGUACUGGCAGCUAAAAUACUGUACUGUAUCUCCUUUCUUUGAACCUUGUAUACAGGCAAUAUGUGGUUAUUUAUGUGGUCAGUGUAUGGCAGUUUGUUUUUUGAUUAAAGUAUUUGUCCUAUUAAAAGUAAAUUUUUCUUAAAAUAUCCACAAUAAUGUGAGAUUCAAUAUGAUGUUUUGGUUGCUUAUGUACUCUCUCUCUCUCUCUCUCUUUCUCUUUCUCUUUCUCUUUCUCACACAACCUUAAUUGUUGUGUGCCUCCUGCCUUAAUUGUUCCUUUAGCCCAGAUCUGCACUGGAUUAUUUAAAUGCUACUAAGAGUCCAAUAACUAGUUUUAAGGUCAGAUUUUGUUGAUUUUUCUUUUUGCACUGAUGACCUUCAUACAAUGUUUUUGGUUUGAGUAUAUUUGGCUUUACAAAAAUUAGGUGCCACUUGCAAAAGAGCAUUGAAAUUUCAAACCUUCUGACUUCAGGAUAACAUCUUUCUUUGUAGCACUAAUGCUGUUGUUUUGUUUUGCUUUGUUUUGUUCUGUUUUUUAACAACAAUCAACUCUAAAUUACAGUCUACACUAUUGGAGGGUAUCAUUCUGAAGUAUAAAAUAAUCUACUUCACAACGUUAUAUAGUUGUUUUGACUCUUCAUUUCCUAUUUUGAUAAAAUUAGAUCUGUUUGGAUAAAAAUGGGUUCUAAGAGCAUACUCAGAUAGUAGAACUUGGUAUAAAAAGAUGCAAAAAUGGGGGGCUGGGGAGAUAGCUCAGUCGGUAGAAUGCUUGCCUUGCAAGCACAAGGCCCUGGGUUCGAUCCCCAGCACCCAGAAAAAAAAAAAAAAAAGAUGCAAAAAUGGUGUGAGAUAGCAUUGGAAAAUCAGAUUUUGAUUUGCCCACUAAUUGACAGAUAGUGUUAGAACCUCUGGAAAACAAACAUAUUUAAUCCUGUUUAUGUGCCAAUCCUGAUUAUGUACCUCUUAUUAUUUUGUUAGGCUACAUAAAUUGUAAGGCCUGAGAAGUUAGCAAAAUUGCUUUUCUUUCCAAACAAUUUACUAUUCAUAUUAAUUGUCUAUUGGUCCCAAUUACCGAGGUUUUACUGUUUACAUUGCAUUUUGUGGGCUGGAUUUAUUUUCUAAUAAACACCAGGAAGUACUUUUUAAAAGAUUACUGUGGAAAAGUGUUUCAUUUGUUGAAUAUUUAAGUAAACAGUACUGUCAAAAUUAAAUUUAAAAUAAAAUGAAUUUUGUAUUGUAAUACAUUUGGAAAAUAACUUUUAUAAUAAAAGUCUGAAUGAUAAACUGAUAGACUUGGGAGUAUAUAAAAUUGACAGCAGUGGGAUAUAUGCAUUUGUUCUUGUUUUUAUCUUCACUUCAGCUUUGAAGUGAUGUUUCAAGUUUUCCUGAUCUAGGCAAUAUUAAUAAUUUUAUAGUAGAUGAUGUAUUUUGAUUACUAUAUAAAUCCCAAAACAUUUUAAUUUUAAUCUGUAGCCUUAAGAAAAUUUGAAAGGGAAAUAUUUACUUGAUUAAAACUAUUGUAAAUUGUAAAAACCUGUGAACAUCUGUGUUUGGACUUUGGUUCAACAGACAAGAUAUAUUGGAGAGCAUGUGAAUGAUAGGACUUAUUCUAGUCUUAAAUUUUAUCAAGUGAUUUUAAAUUAAUUAUGUUUUGGGGCUGGGGGGAUAUAACUGGAUGGUAGAGCAUGUGCUUAUUAGCAUGUACAAAGCCCAUGGUUUGGUCCUCAGCACCAAACACAACCUAAAAUCAGUUGUAGUUCAGUAAGCUAAACUGCAUUAGUCAUAGAAUUUCUUCGGACUUAAUUUUUAAAACCACUUGUGUGCCCUUGAAAAUAAACAUGUGG